CAAGUACAGGUCCAACGUCCCCAAGUUCAUUAAACUCCUUGACGUAAAAAAAAAUGGCAACAGAGUCGCAACCUAAGAAGCUAACGAUUCCGUUAAAAACAAGAAUCGCUAUUACCGUUAUCUCCACCUUCACCGAUAACGCCCAACGUCCUGACGGCUCCAUCAACCGCCGUUUCCUCCGUUUCUUCGAUUUUCGCGCCCCUCCCAAUCCCAAACCAGUCAACUCCGUCUCGUCCUCCGACUUCGUCGUGGAUCCUUCCCGCGACCUCUGGUUCCGGUUAUACACCCCACACGUCUCCGGCGACCGCAUCCCCGUCGUGAUCUUCUUCCACGGCGGAGGCUUCGCUUUCCUCAGCCCCAACAAUCACCAAUACGACAGCGUUUGCCGGAGAUUCGCCGGAAAACUGCCGGCUUACGUCGUCUCCGUCAACUACCGCCUCGCGCCGGAGCACCGUUACCCCGCCCAGUACGACGACGGAUUCGACGCCGUGAAAUUCCUCGAGGAGAACCACGCCGCGGUUCUCCCGGCGAACGCCGAUCGCUCGAGGUGCUUCUUCGUCGGAGACAGCGCCGGCGGGAACAUCGCGCACAACGUGGCGAUCCGCGUCUGCCGCGCGAGCUGCUUCGCCGCCGUGAAACUCGUCGGACUCGUGUCGAUCCAGCCGUUCUUCGGCGGGGAAGAGAGGACGGAGGCGGAGAGGAGCCUCGUCGGAAUGCCGUUAGUUUCGCCGGAUCGGACGGACUGGUGCUGGAGGGCGGUGCUUCCGGAGGGAGCAAACCGGGAUCACGAAGCGGCGAAACCGAGCGUGGUUGAUAUAUCGGGUCUGGAUUAUCCGGAUACAAUGGUGGUUGUGGCCGGGUUCGACCCGUUGAGAGACUGGCAGAGAAGUUACUACGAGUGGUUAAAGUUAUCCGGGAAAAGAGCGACGCUAGUGGAGUAUCCAAACAUGUUCCAUGCGUUUUAUAUCUUCCCUGAGUUGCCGGAAGCUGGCCAGUUAGUUCAGCGGAUUAAGGAUUUCGUUGAGGAGCGUGUGGCUUCGCUCUCGUCUUAAAAGAAUGAAUUAUCAUUAUAUAUAGUUAAUUCGAUUAUUAAUAAUGUAUAUGGUAUGCUUUUGAUAAAAAAAAUGUAUUGAGGUAUGCUUUAUCAAUCAAAUUAUCGUUCUUUAUUAA